AUGGGAAUGAAAGAUGUUACCUCAGAGAUUCUGGAAAAUCCAGAAUUGUAUGGAUUGAGAAGAUCACAUAGAGCCCCCCCAAAGAGUUAUUUCAGUGACGACGACGAUGAAGAUAGCAUAAAGGCAUCCGGAAGGAGAAGAACGAAAUAUAAUGAAGACGCUGCCGAUGAUUCCGACGCUGAGGUUGAUGAUGAAGGCGAUGACGAGGACCAAGAGGGUUCCGACGAGGACGCUGACAUAGACGAUGAUGACGUUGACUAUUACACGUCUAGCCAGAAACCAAAAACAGCACGUACAUAUAAAAAAAAAGCCUCAUUAAAGAAAAAGAUAAAGGAAGCUAACGUUGUCAUACCAACAAGGUUCUCCUCACGAAAUAACAAGUCAGUAAACUAUAAUACUGACUACUCAGAUGAUGACCUUUUAGAAUCGGGAGAUGAAUUGGACGACGAGGAUGAAGAUAUGGAUUCUGAAGAAGCGGAAGAGGGCCAGUACGAGGAAUCUGCAACACCCCAGCCGGGAGAAGACCAUGGUAUUGAUCUUAUAGUGACGCACAGAUUAAAGGAAGGUAUCGAUAAAUCUACUGAGAAAAUUGUUCCUACUUUAGAACAAUGUAAAUCCAACUACGAAUAUUUGAUUAAGUGGAGCGAUCGCUCUCACCUACAUAAUACUUGGGAAACCUUUGCAUCACUUGAUCAAGUUCGUGGUAUUAAAAGACUCGAAAAUUAUUGUAAGUCAUUUCUCAUACAAGAUCUUCAAUUUAGACUGGAUCCUUAUGUGAUGAUUGAGGAUCUAGAAGCAAUGGACAUGGACCAAGAAAGAAGGUUGGAUGAGUUCAAAGAGUUUCAAGAACCGGACAGAAUUAUAGAUAGCAAGCGUGAGUUAACAAGUGAUGGAACAUCACAGUUGCAAUACCUUGUAAAAUGGCGUCGUUUAAAUUAUGAUGAAGCCACAUGGGAAAAUGCAACAGAGAUUGUAGAGUUAGCUCCCGAACAGGUUAAGCAUUUCCAAGGGAGAGCUAACUCGAAAAUUUUACCGCAAUUCUCUAGCAACUAUACCGCUCAGAGGCCACAGUUCGAAAAACUCAGCGUGCAGCCACCAUUCAUCAAAGGAGGUGAACUUAGAGAUUUUCAAUUGACAGGUAUUAAUUGGAUGGCAUUUUUAUGGUCAAAGAAUGAUAAUGGUAUUUUGGCAGAUGAAAUGGGAUUGGGAAAAACUGUUCAGACCGUUUCCUUUAUAAGUUGGCUAGUAUAUGCUCGUCGACAAAACGGCCCACAUCUAGUCGUCGUUCCCUUAUCUACAAUGCCUGCCUGGCAGGAGACUUUUGAUAAAUGGGCGCCUGAUCUGAACUGUAUCUGUUAUAUGGGUAACCAAAAAUCUAGAGACGCUAUUAGAGAAAACGAAUUCUAUACAAAUCCUAAUGCUAAAGGCAAAAAGAAUGUCAAAUUUAAUGUUCUGAUGACAACUUAUGAGUACAUUUUGAAGGAUCGUAUGGAGCUAGGCAGCAUAAAGUGGCAGUUUUUGGCAGUCGAUGAGGCCCAUAGAUUAAAAAAUGCUGAAUCCUCACUUUAUGAAUCGUUAAAUAGCUUGAAAGUUUCGAAUCGUCUUCUAAUCACAGGCACGCCUUUACAAAAUAAUAUCAAAGAGCUGGCUGCCUUGGUGAAUUUUCUAAUGCCUGGCAGAUUUACCAUUGAUCAGGAAAUCGACUUCGAAAACCAAGAUGACAAACAAGAAGAGUACAUUCGCGAUCUUCAUCUAAGGUUGCAACCUUUUAUCUUACGUCGUUUAAAGAAAGACGUAGAGAAGUCCUUGCCAGGAAAAACAGAGCGGAUACUUCGUGUAGAACUCUCUGAUGUGCAGACAGAAUAUUAUAAAAAUAUUCUCACGAAAAACUAUAGCGCUCUUACUGCAGGAGCCAAGGGAGGGCAUUUCUCUCUCUUAAACAUUAUGAGUGAGUUGAAGAAAGCCUCGAAUCAUCCAUAUCUAUUUGAUAACGCAGAAGAAAGGGUGUUGGAAAAGUUUGGCGAUGGAAGUAAAUCUCGUGAGAACAUAUUGAGAGGUAUGAUUAUGUCAUCCGGUAAAAUGGUUCUUUUAGAUAAACUAUUGACACGUUUGAAAAAAGAUGGUCAUCGUGUGCUGAUUUUUUCUCAAAUGGUUAGAAUUUUGGAUAUCUUGGGUGAUUACCUCGCAAUCAAAGGCAUCGCUUUUCAAAGAUUAGAUGGUACAGUGCCCUCUUCUCAAAGAAGGAUAUCUAUUGAGCAUUUUAAUGCACCAGACUCAAAUGAUUUCGCUUUUUUAUUAUCUACUAGAGCAGGUGGUUUAGGUAUUAAUUUGAUGACUGCGGAUACGGUUAUCAUUUUUGAUUCGGAUUGGAAUCCUCAAGCAGAUCUUCAGGCAAUGGCUCGAGCACAUCGUAUUGGACAGAAAAAUCACGUCAUGGUCUAUAGGCUUGUGUCAAAAGAUACAGUCGAGGAAGAAGUUUUAGAGAGAGCACGUAAAAAGAUGAUUUUGGAAUAUGCUAUCAUCUCUCUUGGUGUUACUGAUGGAAAAAAGUAUACAAAAAAGAAUGAGCCUUCUUCAGGAGAACUUUCAGAAAUUCUGAAAUUUGGUGCAGGCAAUAUGUUUGCUGCCAAAGAUAAUCAAAAAAAACUAGAGGACUUGAAUUUAGAUGAUGUUCUCGACCAUGCUGAAGAUCAUGUUACAACACCUGAGCUAGGGGAAUCACAUCUAGGCGGGGAAGAAUUUUUGAGGCAAUUUGAGGUGACAGAUUACAAAGCGGACGUUGAUUGGGAUGAUAUUAUUCCUGAAGAUGAGUUGAAAAAGAUACAGGAUGAAGAUCAGAAGCGCAAAGAUGAAGAAUAUGUUCAGGAACAACUUCAACUAAUGAAUAGGAGAAACAAUGCCUUGAAAAAGAUUACAAACAGCAUAAAAGGUGAAGGGGAAGAGUUAGAUGAUGAUGAUGAUGAUGACACAAAAUCUUCACGUAAACGUGCGAAGGCAAACAACAUGGACGUGCUUGAUGAAAGGGAAAUUCGUGCAUUGUACAAGACAAUUUUGAAGUAUGGGGUAUUAACUAACAUGUUCGAGGCAAUGAUCGCUGAUGGAACUUUGCCCGUAAAAUCAAUAGAAAAGUACGAGGAGGUUUACAAUGAUAUAUUAGCAAUUGCUAAAGAGCAUUUACAAAGAGAAGAGAGCAAAAGAAUCAAACUUUUAGCAAGCCUCGAGAAAAAAGCUAAGGAAUACAGGCAAAAACUAAACAGCAAUCAAAUAAAGGCGGAGGAUCAACCAAAAGAUAAUCCAUUGAGCCGACUCGCAGCAAAGAGAAAAGAAAAAAGAGCCGUUUUAUUUGAAUAUGAUAAAGUCCGAAACUUGAAUGCUGAAUCUCUUUUGAAUAGAAUUGAAGACAUGAAACUUCUGAAAACAGUAAUUGAUAAUAACUACAAAAGCGAUCCGUUGAAAUUUAAAUUCAAGAGACCACCUAAACCUGCUCAAAAUUGGAAUUGUGAUUGGAAUCAAAAUGAUGAUGAAAAAUUGAUGGCCGGUAUUUACAAGUAUGGACAUGGAUCAUGGACCCAGAUAAGAGACGAUCCAUUCCUCGGUUUAACUGAUAAGAUUUUUUUAAAUGAAGCGCAGCCAGUGGCAAAAGAAAACAAGGAACCCGAUGAUUCGCACCCUAACGAUGGCAAUCCACCGGACAAGAGGGGAAAGGGUAUCACAGGCUCAUCCAAGAAAGUUCCUGGCGCCAUUCAUUUGGGCAGAAGAUUCGAUUACCUCGUUUCUUUACUGCGAGAUGAAGUAAAUGGGGUUAAUACAGCCACCCCAAGUGGUGCAUCCACACCUGUAAACGAUGUCUCUCACGAAAAACUGCCGAUUAAGAAAAGACCAAGAAAAGCUGGCACUUCAACUAACAGCAGAGCCUCCACCCCAGAUUCUUCCUCCUAUAAGUCUGACCACAGCUCUAAAAGACUAAAGCCGUUGCCUAAGGGUCCAGCUGCGAUGACACACAACAGAACUAACACCAGUGCUUCUUCCAAUGGAACCGCCAAGUCAGUUAAAAACUCAUCAGCGAAGUCUUCUGGGACGGACACGCCCCCACCAGUACCGACCCAGGCUCCUCACGAAAAGGAAUACGAAAGUAUGGAUGAGGAGGAAUGCAUGAACAUUAUGGGCGACAUAAGGUCAUCGUUAAUAAGGCUAAGGCGUGGAGGCAAGGGUCUCGACCGCAAAGAGUGGGCCGGCAUCCUAAAGAAAGAGCUAACUGCAGUAGGCAGUCACAUCGAAAAGCAAAUGGACUCUUCCCGGAAGCAUACUCCCGUGAAAUUCAAGAAGCACCUAUGGUCUUACAGUUCGAAUUUUUGGCCUGCAAGUGUCAAGAGCCAAAAAUUAAUGGCUAUGUACGACAAAAUUACGGCGAAACCAGAUCAGGCGAAAUCAUAA